AUGAGGAAAAGGUAAGUGUUUGCUUUUCAUUAAUUUAUCUUUGUAGGUUUGUCCGCCAGCUCACCUCAGACGACGACGAGGAUGAUGAUGAUGAAGAAAUGGCUGCGCAAAGACCAAGACAAGAUAAUCAAUUAACUGCCACGCAUUCUCCAGUAAGAAUCCGUGUUUAUUAUGCCAACUUUUAGACCACGCAAUAGCUCGGAAAAUACACCUUGGUGGAGAGACUCCAGCCAACCUACGCCACCAAGGGCUAAUCAGUACGCCGUUUCUUUUAAAUUUUACUUAAGGCCGCCCCGGGAACCUAGCACGACCGCGUUUGACAAACGGUUAUCACAGGUGCAGCACGAUGGUGAAUGCGUCCGGUAAGACUGUUCUGACUCUUGAUGACAUGCGAGUAGAAAGAAAGUUGAUUACGUUGCUGAGGAACUCGUCGAACUACGGGCUGACAUAACGCAGGUUAAGGCUACAAUGGCCGAAAUUUUAAAGGCCGUUCAGGAAUUACGUCAGCCUGCUGAAGCGAGACCUCCUUCACUGAAGUUGCCUCUGUGUACGAAGGAGGCUUACCAGGCUUUCGUGAGUGAGCUUGAGAAGAAUGCUAGUUUCGCUCAAGACGCGGUAUGUAGAUAUACUGACACUUCUUUAUUUGAAUGGAUUGUAGAUUAAACGUCUGGCGAUUACAGACGGGCGAAACGAGAAAGAGUUUGUCAGAAAUCUACUGACCACUCUACUCGGCCACCCCCUAUGCCUCAGUUUCUGCUGGGGCGGAGCAAGAGAUAAGCAGGCCUUCGUCGGCAGCCCCCUUUAUGGCCUUGUUAUUGGUAGGAUAUUUAUUUUUAAGAUUACUUGUUCAGCUGCAAUUCGUGAACACGCCGCCUUCUCAAAUUGCACCGUUGAUACAAUUCGCAAGAGUACAAUUGAUUGGUUCCACGGCGAGCGUGACAGAUACGGUGGCCGAUCAAAGCGGAGAGACAAUACCACUGCAAAUGCCACGGUAAAUUAAUUGACUUGAGUCUUUAUAAGCCACUUUCAGCUUCCCGUCAGCUACAGCUCAGCCGCAGGAUAUAUGAUACAAUCUACUUCCGAGGACACUGUAAGUGAGCGUAUCUUUAUAUCUAUUAAACCUGCAUUUAUUCGAGCCUAUCAACUUCAAACUACUUAGAUCAUAAAUUAUACUACUAAAAUGCCUUAUUUCAAUAGUAUGUUUUUUGACAAUUUAAUUAAUAGGACGCUGUGCUUUAUUUUAUUGUAGAUACCUGCCACCGACAUGGACGGACUACCAAAUAUGUCCCUUGAGGAAACAUGACUAUUUGUACGUAUCAAGUUUUCAUCUUUAUCGAUCAAUAAAUUUUCUUUAACCAAUAAAUGCCGUUCAAGUGUGCUGAUGGAUAUGGUUCGUUGGGGGGUUUGCAAUCACGCGUGAAGGUCCGUUAACGGUCGCGGGAGAUAUUGGCUUUGGGAAGGCGAGCCGGAAUGAAACAUGACAUAUUUGGCGAAAUGGGGUUCGCUAGAAGGUAACAAGGGAUAAAAUAGGACAGAUAGCGGGGAAAAUCUGUCUAGGAAAAGGGUGAUCAGGAUUAUAACGCGAGUAAUUAGACGUAAAUGGAUCGGUAUUACGGUCAGACAGUCGAAUAUGGCCAUGGGUGGGGGCAAAAAACGAUAAGUAUAAGGCGUCCCCCUGCGCAUUUUUUUUGUCGAUGAGGGGGCCAGAGGGGGCCACAUCGGGGAUUUGCCCCGCCAUAGCCCCCUCUCCAGCCCCCUCAUAGCCCCCUCUGGCCCCGCCAUAGCCCCCUCAUGAGGCGGGGCCCUGAGGGGGCCAGAGGGGGCUGGUGCUGGCAGGGACACGUCAGGUCAUGCGCAAGCUGCCGUUACUUGUUCUUAUACCCAUACCUAAUUUUAUUAUCGUCUGUUCUCCUUAGUCAUCCCAAACCCGGCUUACUAGGCCUGCUGUUGUUCACUUUAUAACGCGUUGAACGGGCAAAUUCACGUGGCUAUUGCAACCGAAGUAACUAGAUUGACCAAAAAGAACUGUUUUGAAGACGUGUUAGAAGGGAAAAAGUUUAUUGGAGUAAAAAAUAAUUUAAAAAAGGUUUAUUACAUAGAAGCAUCUUGCGUGGAUGAUGGUCCAUCACUCGUUUAACAUCCUGCUUGAACAUUCGCUUCACGAAGUCAUCUACAUUGUGCCCACCAAGUCAUGUGAGGUAGGAGGUCUAACGCAAGAGGGAGUUACAAAUAGGGUAGCAUACCAAUUACUUUCGGAAGCUAUUGUCCAGUACUUGGUUUCUAAAGUCAUCGGCGUUCUCCCGGGGCUCCUAAAAAGGUAUAAUGGUGUUAUUUUCCAUCACUUACUGGAAAGUCACCUUAAGGUGAUUGGGCCAAUUUGGCCACAUCCGCCCUUGCCACACCGUGGCCCAACCUAACCCAUUUGGGCCGGACUGGGCUGGUGCUGGCACGGCCGGAUGUCAACAUGUCGAGAUAAACGGACAUAGACGAAAAAGGGUUGUAGCUCAAUGCGCACUAAAUAAAUAUUUAAUCUUUGCCCGGUUUCCGUCUUAUACGAUACCCCUCUAUGGGAGUACCUUGUUUAUUGUCUAUUAACCCACUAGUAGCAAACUAUAUCGAGACGAUAUGUAUUAGAUAUCUAUUUUCCGAGAUACUUGUAUCUACCUGAUAUCGACUUUAUCCGCAAUCCAGAUAUCGAGUAGAUAUCUAUUUUUUGAGAUACUCCGAAAUCGGCGAUAACGACACGUUAGGCAUUGCGCAAGCUGCGUUUACUUGUUCUGAUACAUAUACCUAUUAUUAUUAUCUGCUCGUCUUAGUCAUCCCACUCCCGGCUUGCUUGGCCUGCUGUUGUUCACGUUAUAACGCGUUGAACGGCCAACGUCACGUGAUUAUUUCAUCCGUAGCAACUAGAUCGACCAAAAAGAACUAUUUUGAAGACAAGUUGGUUGGGAAAAAUUUUAUUAGAUCAAAAAAUAAUUUUAAAAAUGUUAAUACAUAGAUGCAUCUUGUGUGGAUAAAGGUCCAUAACUUGUUGAACAUCGUGAAUUGUUGUGUAUAGGGUAGGGUUAAUAUUACAACAUUAAAAUUUAAUCACCUGUCCAGUUUUUGUUACUUACUUCCUUCUGCUGUCGUUGGACGUAAUUAUCCAAGGACUUUUUGAGUCUUUUUAUGAACGCAGACUCAAGAUCCGACAUUUUGGCAGCGCCAUUUCUGUUACAGGCAGCAAAAACGUCUACAAAUGUACAUAAACCUAGUACCAAUAGAUAUCAAGUAGAUAUACGGAUAAUAGCUAUUUAUCGAGAUACUAGAUCUGAAGCCGGAUGAAGAAGUAUGGAGAGGAAGUUUUUCGGGAAAUUGAGGAGUCUCUCAGCAAAAGAGGCAGAUUUCAUAACUCCUCGCUGGAUACAUUAACGGCAAUCGAUGAAUUCCCAGAACACGAGGGAGAUUAUAUAUGUACACAUUGUAGUAAGUGAUGCACAAUGUACUAGAACAGUUUUCCCUGACGACGCAGAAGACAGAGGGCCUGUGAGCACUCAAUGUGGCCAGGAGUACGCCUGGAAGUUGCGCCAUUGGGCUUUGCAGUGUAAGAUAGCACUAGCUCACCUUCGGGGUCUUCUGGCCAUCAUCAGCCCACUCGUGCCUGAACUCCCUGCUGACCCUAGAACUUAUUUGGGGGGGGGUCCUCGUACGAUUUGCAUGUAGCCCCGAUGUGUAGCGGCGAAUACAUGAAUAUAGGACUUGGAAGACAGCUUUGCAAACUUUUACGCAUCCGUAAGUAUUCUCACUGCGUAGCACAUGAGGUGCACGUUCAGUUAGCUAUAGACGGUCUCCCCAUUUAUAGGAAAUCAAAGACUGAAAUGUGGCCCAUAUUAGGCAGAGUAGUCCAUCCGUUUAUAAGUAAUGUCUUCCCAGUUGACAUCUAUUGUGCCGGCGGAAAGCCGUCUGAUGUUCACGUGUACUGUCGGUGAGAUUAGGUACCUUCAGGAAAGAGGAAUCCCAUUUGACGAAAUGAGCCAUCCUGCUCACGUUCAGGUAAUAGCCGUUAUCUGUGAUGCUUCGGCCAGAGCUUUUGUCAAGCAGAGUAAGAACGUGAAUGCCUACCACGGAUGCGAACGUUUCACAGUGGUAGGAGAAUAUAUGGGAACAGUGGUGUACACCGAGGAAGGGAAUAGGUACAGGAAAGAUUAAGACUUUUUGCAGCCGACGGACGACGAACACAUAGCUGGGAUAUCACCAUUUUUGUCCUGUAACUUCGGACUUAGUUUGUGGGUAAGGAAUCAUCGUUCGAAAGCCAGUGGUCGUAGCCAGGCUUCGAAAUUGAAGGUAGGGGAAGUCGAAACCAUUGACAGUAGACUUCACACCAUUAAUGCAUACCUACCGGCAGAACUUUCGUAACGGAGCAAAUCAAUAAGUGAUUUCGAAACGUGGAAAGCUACGGAGUUCAGGCAGUUUCUAUUAUAUUCUGGUGUUCUUGUUCUCUCAGACGUUUUGCCGCAUAAGCACUUCAAACUUUUUUGCUAUUGUUUACUUCUCCACGUUUACUAACUAACCCAGUUACGUGUAGGAGCAAUGAAGGGUAUUGUAUGCAGUUGUUGAAGUUGUUCACCAGAAAGUUUUCAGGCUUAUUUUGUUUUGUACAUAUGGUGUACAGUGUGCACAGCCUAAUGCACAUUGCCGAGGAGGUAGAGCGUCAUGGUGUCCUAGACUUCUCAACUUUCUCCUUCGAAAGUUACCUCGGUAGAUUAAAGGGUUUACUCAGAAGUCCGUCGCGACCACUGCAGCUGAUUGCACGGCGACUCAGCGAGGUGGAGGUAAUUACAUACGACCAACCCACGCUACAGUCCCCUAAAUUACUUCAUGGCCAUAAUGCAGUAGUUCCCGUUGGUUUCGAAGACUGAGCAAUACCAGUGUGUGCUCACAGACAGCUUUAGGGUUGACAUCACACCGGCCAAUCGAUGCAUUGGCAUUGGUGGUAAGAUCGUUUGUGUCAAGAACGUAUUGCAUGACCGACGUAGUUGCCUGCGAAUAGUAUUCAGUGAGUUCGUAAACAUUUCUGAUUACUUUGACUAUCCACAACGAUUGUCCUUGAUAAAGGUGUUUACUGCUGAGCUUGACACCACUAGCAGCUGUGCACCGUUGCCAAAUACGUUCAGUAAGUUUAUCUGCUUCCCACAAGGUACUCAUUAUGCUUUAAUAGAAUUAUUUAGCAGUUAUUAGUAGACCACUUACAUUUUUCGAAAGCAUCAACAUUACGCCCUCCAAGGCAUGCUAAGUAUGACUCCUAAGCGAAGGAAUAAGGAGAAACAUAUGCCAUACCAGCUGCUUGUAGAACUCGGAGUUUAAUAACCGUCUGUUGGUUUCGAAAAAGCUGACUACUAAUCGGCCGGUCAGUAGGAUGUCCACCGGUAGGCCUCGAUUUUUCCUUGGAGGAACUACCAGAGGCAGAAAGAAGCCGUGCGCUAUUCAAGCAUCUGUCUAGUCGGCAAUUAGGGCAAGUGCUUAACUCCGGCGUUUCUGGCCACGCCCCUUAUACAACACUUUGUUGCCAUUUGCGUCGUUUUUUCUCCCUGAGACCAUAAGUGGGGAAGUCUGUCGAAAAAUUUCCCAAUCGUCGGCAGCAAUCGCACGAGACCCCAGGGCAGUUCGCCGACGAAAUGUUGAAAUCAUGCAAGGAGGCUUAUCGUUCUUUGACGGCCGAGGAGGUCGUCCUUCGUCAUUUUAUUAAAGGGUUGUCUUCUCGCGCCCUGGCAGACUCACUCAUGUUACAGCCUCCAGCAUUUUUAGAGGACGUUAUCGAACGGACUGCUCGGUUCAUGCAGGUUGAAAGAUCCAGGGCUUCCUCUGGGCAACAUUGGAGGCCGACAUCAUAACGCCCUCAGAUGACAAACACCUCAAAUUUUACCCCACGCCGUUCUGGGCAGGCUUUCAGUGAUGGCGUUAGGCACGGACCGCCCGAGUUCUCGUAUCACCCACGCGACAUUCAGUCGGCACAAUCUCAGCGAACGCAAUGCCAGUGCGGAGUCCGGCAGUGGCAGCCAACAGAAAGACAUCCGUACCAACAACCUUGUAAUGUCUCUGUUCCUAAUUGUUACCUACCUUUUGAUGGCCCCUCCUUCUAUAUGGCUACCAACGUUGACAACAAACCGGUUAGAGCUUUUAUUGAUACUGGCGCUACAUUAUCACUUGCCAAUCGGCGUAUCUUAUCGCAAUCUCUCCUCGGACACAUAUACAAGAUAAGCCUCUCCCAUCGUUAUUUGCAGCUAAUGUAUCUCCCUUAGAGUGCCCACGAAUCGUUCAUAUCACAUUACAGUUUGAGCAUUCUUGCAAAGACCAUGAUUUCUUAAUAGUUCCCGGCCUCGCAUGGGACUUACUGCUAGGUAUUGACUUUCUUAGCAAAUACGACUGCCGCAUUAACGUCAGAAAUAGAGCGGUCAGUUUCGUCGGGUAAAAGAACUUCGCAAAAGCUGCCGAUUUGUUUGACGAGUCUGUUGUUUGCGCAAGAAUCUCUGCCGUCCUAAGUCUACCACCCACAAGCAUUUACGAUAUUCUAGAGAAUCACAUGGAUAAGCGCAAAGAUCAUAGAGAAUGACUUUGGUCACUGUUACUAUUCUUUUACGAUGUUUUCACUUGGGAUAAAAGCAAAAUUGGUCGUACGAGCUGCAUCCGCCACACUACUGAGACAGGAAACGCAAACCCAGUGUGACAACCGCCGAGGACAGUCUAUGUAGGCUUCCUUAGUUUUUCUGUCGGAUCGGAUGUCUUCUCGGUCAGGAUCCUAAAAACUAGUGUCCUCAAAGCGCAAACAUAUGCAAAGCAGGAUAGAUUGACGGUAAGAACGGACGUAGUAACACGUAGUAAUUAUUUCUGCUCUGGCUUCCUUCCAACUUUCUCCUGCGCGGUUCGUCGACUAGCCCCUUCACACCCAACGCAGUAACUAAAAAUCAAGUUUUAAAAACAAGUGAGUCAAAAAGAACAAUAUUGGCAAGGCCAUGUUCAAACAACAAGUUCGGGUUUCACUUCUACACAAGAGGCGGCUCUGUCUUCAGAGGCGCUGUCUGUGAGGCUCUGUCGGCGAUUUCCACAUCAUUGGAGGGCUGGGGCACCAUGUGAUGGAGAAUAAUGAGUAAGGAGUCAGCGGUCGCGUCGCGUAGCCGGCGUGAGAUGACUCUAGGUGGGCUCUGGCUAGAUUGUGUGUAGUCCUUAAGGUUUCUUGAAGCUCUAUGACGAAAGUAUCCGGCUGAUUGUUGUUAUAGGUGGGGAGUGGGAGAUGGGAGUCCAUGGGUAGCUGAAGAUGACGACCGGUUAGCAUGAAGAAGGGAGCAUAGCCAGUCGAGACAUGGACUGUGCACCCAUAUGCCAUCAUGGCGUAUGACGGCCGAACGUCCCAGUUAUGUGGGUUGUGGUCUUCCGCAAAAGCUUUCAACAAGUUGAUAAUGGUCCGAUAUGUGCGUUCCAUCGGGCCAUUACUUUCGGGGUGUGCCGCUGUAGUGUGCGUUUUGUCGAUCUGAAGGAGAUUACAAACGUGGCGCACUAACCUGCUCUCGAAGUUUACUCCACAGUGAGAGUGUAAGGUGGUAAGGGCUCCAAAGCGACAAAUACAAGUGUUGAGUAAAGCGGUAGUAACCGACGCCGCAUCCUGUCAUGGGAUAGGGACUGCCUCGGCCCAUUUAGUAAAGUUAUCGACCAUUACUAAUAUGAAGAGAUUGCCAGUAAGGGUGAUGGGUGAAGGUCCGAUCACGUCAAUGCCCACACGUUCGAAUGGGAACCCUCCCAUCAUAGGUUGAAGGGGCACUGGGCGUCGAGGGUUAGGUCCUUUAAAGGUGGCGCACGUGGGACAUGUGUUGCGAAAAAUCGAAACCUGUUCUCUGAGGUGCGGCCACCAAAAGCGUUGUCGUACUGCGGCCUCAGUUUUCAUAUGACCCACAUGACCGAGCUCAUGGUGAAGGUCGUCCAGUAUGGGGGGGCCUAGGCUGCCGGGUACAGAAAGUCGACGUGAACUGUGCGACUCGUCCUUGAAGAAAAGCAGAUCGUUUUCCAUGAAAAGGUGGGCCCAGUGAUUUCGUAGGAUGCGAGCAAUACCGUAUGAACCACGCAGUUCGUCGUCUGUCGAUGUUUCCCGUCGAGCUUGUGGUCACAAACAAUGACAGUAUCAGGGUCUGUGCUUUGAGCGACCGCCCAAUGGUGGCGGGUCGGCUCACUGAUGGUAAGUGCGCUGGCAUAUUCGGCGGAAUCGCAUAAUGUAUCGGGGUAUUCGUCAGGAGGGCCCAUUGACUGAGUAACCCGUCUCCCUCCACAGAUCCCUAUUUAAUAAACGUUCAUUUGUUGACGAUUCGAGUUUAAUAUUGUCUGUUGAAUUCCGCGUGUUUAAGUGUGUACGAUCUUCAUGCAAGAAAAGUCAGGAACGAAAAUGCCUACAGUCAUCCCAAUUGACGAUCAGCGCCAAUCGCCUCCUAGGGACACCAAUCUAGAAGAAACUAAACCGACAGGUAACCCGGAUAUUGCAGCUUUAUUGAUUACGCCCAUAUGCCUCGAUCAGAAGUUAUCCCUCGAUCGUAUCUCACCGAAUGCGAAUUUUUCCGAGCAGCAAGCUCAGCUAAUCGACUUCAACUCGGGACCUUCUGGGCUUUGCCCGGAGCACUAGUAUUAGUGCUCCAGGUUACGAUAACCUAAUGCUGGAGAGGGCUUUAUCUUUCGUGAGUUUGUACAAAAAUUUGCCUUUGCCUUUUUUCCCUAUACUUCUCUGUUUCGAAAGAAAUAAGCUCUUUGGGAAAGAUAAACAAGUUUUAUUGUAAUUUUUCGACCUUGGUUCCCCAAAUAGUCCUCAGACGUGAAGUCAGUGUGCAAAGCAGUUAACAUUUAUCUAAGGAAAAUGAAAUGCUCACCGGAUCGAGGGACUUGUUUGGUUGACGUUUCGAAGAGCUGGGGCGGCUCUCCAUUAUCAGAGCGUCUAGGGAAAAAUCGAUCAGAAUUUUGAAUAGACAGCCGGAUUAGUUGGCCUUGGGCUGAUCUAUUUUUUCCCCUUCUUCCGCUUCCUUGGUCUACUGGCCGUCGUUUGUGAGUGUUGGUGGCCUCCUGCGUUUUUUGUAAUCACCUCAGUUGGGAUCAGUUGCGUUUAUGCUCCCUUUCUGGGUGAAUUAUUCGACGGGCCGUGUUUGCUCGGUAGUCUUAGGCUCCUUAUGACUGUCUUGUCCUCGUCACGGCGUAUGCAAUGACGUAGGACCUUAUUAGGCCGAAGGAAGGUCUAGAUGCCUGUUGAUGGAGUUGACAUCUGAGUACCAAGCCUCAAGUGUGAGACGCUCCGUCCUUGAGGUGCCCCCGCCUAAGACGGCCGCGCCUUGAAAAUCAAAGCUGUGACCAAUUUCCCCGAUGUGAGCCGCGAGCUGUGAGUUUGGGUCUAGUCUCCGAGUUGCCAGUUUGGGCUCAUGUAGGCGGGUCUGCAAUUUCCGUCCGGUUUCCCCAACGUAGUUGCAGUAUCCACCGUUACAACGUAUUUGAUGGACAACUGCUGAAGUUUUAGUGGGUGGCAGUAUGUCUUUGGGUUGCAUCAAACGGCGGCGAAUUGUUGCCUGAGUCGAUGGGCAGUGCCUAACCUGGCGGGUUGUAACAGUCUUGAAACCGCCGCGGACUCCCUUAAUGUAAGGAAUGGUCCUCCAGACUUCGGGUUGUUCAUUUUGUGGCCAACUAACCCGACUACCUAUUCAAAAUUCUGAUCGAUCUUUUCACUAGAUGCUUUGAUAAUGGAGAGCCGCCCCAGGUCUUCGAAACGUCAGCCAAACAAGUCCCUCGAUUCGGUGAGCAUUUCAUUUUCUUCAGAUUAUCGACCCGGAUAUUUUACUUUUGCUAACCUGAGUCAACAUUUAAACAUGCUUAAAAAAUCGAUUUUGCCCUGUUCUGAUUGGCCAAUGCCUUUUCUACUUUUCCAUGAGGCUGUUGUACACCGCAUCCAAUUCUACGUGUCAGUUGAUGCAUGCGUUAUCAGCAUGGAGGGCCUCUAAAAAUUCACGGCACUUCUUAGAUGCGCAGACACCUACACUGCGAGUCUUGUCCCAGACGAAUUUGUGUCCAGUUUCAAACUUAUGCAUGGCAACUUGGGACAAGUAGUCUCGCCUUUUACGGCCAACUGAUGUUCGUGUAUUCGUGUAGAGACCGAUUUCCCAGUUUGGCCGCAGUAAACCGCAUUGCAGGUGUCGCAUGGUAUCUUAUAGACGACUUCCUUCUUAUCUAAAUAGCCAAUCCUAUCCUUAGGGUAUACAAACUGGUUAACAGGUAUAGUCGUCGGCUUGUGCGCCACAUGUAUUCGGUGCUUCCUCACUUGUCUUUCAACUAGUUCUGACACAUUCUUAAUGUACGGAAGUGUUCGCCAGUUUUUUGGUUUGAACGCCUGAUCGGAACAAUCUAUUUCCUUGUCCUUUUCUUAUAACUCCUGUCGUCUCAUGCACCGGUGUACAAAGUAUCUACGAUACCCAUUCUGGGAACAGUUUGGACAAAUAAUUCAGUUCUGUUUGAUACGUUUCGUUGUCAGAGCAGUGAGUUCUUGCAUGGUUAAGGAGGCUGUUCAGGGGACUCCGUUUGUGAGACAUCGGAUGAUUGCUCUCGUAAAAGAACUUCCGCGUAGGUUUCCUGGCGGUAAACCGAAGUGUGAAAUGUCCCGUCAGGCUUUUUCUGUACGAGAAUAUUCAAGAAACGGGAGUUUGUUGUCAGCCUCUUUCUCGAGCGUGAAUGUGAUUCCUGGAAGUGUUGAGUUAAUAAUAUUGUGGUGUAUUUCCAGUUGAUAAUUUUUGACAAUGACAAACGUGUCAUCAACAUAUCGUACCCAUAAUUUGGGGUUAACUGGUGGUAAGGCGAUACCCUCUAAUUUCUGCAUGGUGACUUCUGUGGGAAAACCAGAGAUGGGUGAUCCCAUAGGGGUUCCCUUCAGCUGUUGAUAGUAUUCCUGUGUAAAUGAAAAGUUCGUUUCCAGACAAAGGUCUUAGAGUUCUAACAAAGCAGAUGCAAGGACAUCCAUGUCGUUGUACUGGAGACGUUCCUCUGUACCUAGUCUUGCUAAAUCUAUUGGUAUGGAGUUGAACAGAGAGACGACAUCGAAGGAUGCAAUUAUUUCAUCUGCUGCGAUUUUCAGUCCUUGUAAUUUGUCCAGAAACUCUAUUGAAGUAUUGAUUAAUGCUUCACAAUCCUUUGCCAACGGAUAGCGUUUGUGGAAUAGACAGUUAGAAAUCUUGUAAUUAGGUGCACCGAUUAACGAUACUAUCGGUCGCAGUGGUACUUCAGGUUUGGGAAUCUUAGGUAGUGCAUAGAUCUUAGCAACGUCGCCCACGUAGACUUACGUCUUCCCUGUAUCUCCCUAAUAACAAUGCUGUCUACAUUCUGAACAGAUAUUUAGGGUAUCCUACGCAGAUUCUGCAUAAUGGUUGCCACACUUAUUGUCCGUAGAAUCUGCUCAGAGACUACACAGAAUCUUCGUAGAGCUUCGGCGUAGAAUCUGCGCAGAGGUUGAGCGCAGAAUCGGCGCAGAAAAUUCUGAUUUCGUUUUUUAACCAGGCAGAACCGCCCCCCCCCCUUAUUCAUAAGCAAUUUUUAUCCGGCCAUUUAACCAUUUGUCUCCCUCCCUUUCUCCUAUUCCGAUUUUCCAUAAAAAUUCGAUAUGCAAGCCUGGAAAGAUUUUUUUAAAAAAAUAAGAAUUUGAUUUCAACAAGGUGCGAGUAGUAUAAAGCCUAAAAAUCAAUAUUGCAAAGGCACAAAUCCGAGUGACAAAAUGAGUCUUUACAGGAACGGGGCAAAGACUGGUAAUAUGUACAGGGACGCUGCUUCAAGGCUAAGUUGAAGGACCGGCUGACCCGGGGGAUGGACCGCUCUGAGUUUAGUCGUCGUCGACGUCGUCUAAAAUCAAACAAUACAAUAUUAACCAGUGCGGUUAUUGAAAUGUUGUAUGCAAGCCAGCUUGCGGUUCAGGAAAACAAGUUACAGUUAUUAACGUUAUGAAGAGUUCACUAACCGUCCACACACUGUGACGUCGACGCCUUACUCCUACGCUUGUGUAAUCUGUCGUAGGCCUUUCGAAAGGUAAUCCGGGAAGCCCUUUCUCAAAUUGGUGUCUGUCGCGGUUCCGCGUGGAGUUCCAUAUUGUGAAAACAUCUAUGUUGUUGCAUAACAUAUUACGAAAUUGAUGUCUGUCACACCCACAACCAAACCAUACACCGUCGAUCCAAAGAAGGCCUGCUUCCACUGGGGCCGUUAUCCUGUGGUGGAACAGGGUAUUGAAAAUCCUGUCAGCGAAGGCAGUAAUGCUGUCGCCGCUGUUGGAUGGUAAGUGUAAAAUGUAGCGACAAACUUGUAAUGAGUCAGCUUCUGUAGGGUUGCCAUGCGUUGAAACACAGGCUCAUGAGGCCCUGGAGUGGUGGGCAUGGGGGGCUACAACAGGAGGCAUGUUCAUUACGGCUUUUUCAUAAAGGGCAUCUAAUUGCACCUUCAUUUCUCACAUCGUUUUAGGCGUCUGGACAAGGUGCUGCAUCAUCCAUCGGAAGCAAGUCUUCAGAGAAGACUUCCUCUGACGGGAAAAUGAAUGACGGCGUCUGCUGCUGCUGCUGGUGCCUAGGCCGAACAGUUCGGAUGCGUGAACGAAUACCUGCGUAUGGUGGCGACGUGCCCAAUGACAGCGUGUAGCCGGAGUCACCAUCCUCUGCCUCCGAUUUCUGAAGGGGAAGGGAUGUUAGUUAAGUCGCGACCCUACUGAAGAUGGUGACAAAUCCGGUAAUUCAGCGAAUAUUCCCAUGUUACAUUUGAAGAGUUAAUUUGGCAAACACGGGUUUUCGGUAACUCGUCAUCAGGCCAAAACAGUUGCAUAGAAGUUAAAAUUAUGCGAAGUUACAGGGUUUAUAAGUGAUUCAGGGGCUAUUCACACUCAAUGACCACGACACGCCGGCUACGCCAUAGCACGCCUCGCCAUGCGAGUGGCGUGGGAACGAUGAGUGUAAAUAGCCCCUGAAUCACUUAUAAACCCUGGAGCUUCGCAUAAUUUCAACUUCUAUGUAACUGUUUUGGCCUGAUGACGAGUUACCGAAAACCCGUGUUUGCCAAAUUUACCCUUUUAAAUCCGGUAAUAUCCACAUGCCUUCUUUCUCAUAAGAAUUUUCAACCAAUUGCUUCAGCUGCUCUUUUCUCUUCUCCUUCUCACUGUCCGACAUAGUAAUCUGCACCCCAACAGUGCAAUAAGGGGUUAGGGGAGUUAAAACUAUGAAAUCCAUCCGAAAGACCGCCACAAAACAGCUUUCACUGUGCCGCAAGGUCUGUACGAAUUCCAGACACUUCCAUUCGGACUUUGUUAUGCUGCCACCACCUUUCAGCGGUUGAUGUGUUAGAUGUUACGGCACCUCAUCCCCACCAAAUGUCUCGUCUACCUGGACAAUAUUAUUGUAUUGCGGCAGACAAUCGACCAACACAAUCAUAAUCUAAAGGAGAUUUUGGAGGCACUCCGCGGUGCCGGCUUGGUGCCAAACUCCCAUAAAUGUGUCUUCCUAUGCUCAAAGGUAAAACUCCUGGGUCACAAGAUCUCACUCGGCCAUAUAGUUGCCCUCCCCGACCGGCUACAGCAAAUUCGCACGUGGCCAAUCCCGAUAAAUCAGUCGUAGCUUCGUAGUUUCCUUGAGCUAGCUUCUUACUACAGACGGUUGAUUCGGGACUUCGCUCACAUAACCGGUCCGCCAGAUAAACCCACGGAAAAAAGGCCGAGAAUUCAAGUGGUCUUCCGACUGCGAGGAAGCUUUUACUAACCUUAGAUCCGCCCUCUGCUCAACCCCACUCCUAGCCCUCCCUGCUCUAGACCCCGACGCACUCCCUUGUAUACUCGACACUGACGCUAGCGAAUUCGCCAUGGGGACAGUCCUCACUCAAGCGGAUGAUAACGUGUUCGGAAACUCGAUAUGCUUCACGAGCAACACAUUCACCAAAUCCCAACGGGACUAUUGUACCUUCCGCAGAUAACUUUUAGCCAUCAUAACAUUCAUUCGUCGGUUUAAACACCUACUCAUCGGACGUCAUUUUAUCCUCCGCACUGACAAUCGAGCGCUCCAAUGGUUACAAUCUAUUAAAGACCCCAUGGACUAACUCGCCCGGUGGCAGGAAUUCCCACAAGAUUUCGACUUGGAGUGUCAAUAUCGUCCGGGCCACAAACAUGGAAGCGCUGACGUUUUCCCUGUACGUAACCACCAGAUCUAGACAGCAACAUCGCGUCAGUCAAUGCGAUCACGAUGUCCGAACCCACCCGUCACGCUUGGUCGUCGGCCCAACAGACUGACCCCGACACAGCCAUCAUUUAUAACCACCUGUUACAGCACAUCAAUAAACCCACUGAAGUAGACAUGAAAGGAGCCACACAAAACGCACGCCUCCUCUUACACCGAUAGCCCCACCUUCGAUAUCCUGUUCUUCCGCGACCCCUCACCAAAACAACUCCGCCCAGUAGUGUCGGGAUGUUUGAUUGACACCGUACUGUCAGAUCUCCACACAGAAUUAGUUUAUUGCGGCUAACGACGCACAGAGCUGGCGGCACGUGCACGAUUUUGGUGGCCCUAACUCCGUUCUUAAGUCCUCCAUUUCUGCCAAUCGUUUACCACCUGUGCAUUAUUCAAGUCACCGAUUCCCUUUCCCCCUGUCACCCAUGGUUACGGGUUUUCCAGGCGAGCGCGUCGGUUUAGAGACUAUUGACCUCCUAUCGAUAUCAGCCCGUGGAUACGAAUAUAUCCUGGUUAUGGUAAACUAUUUUUCAAAAUGGGUCGAAGAAGUACCCCUACUUCGCCAAGACGCCAUCUCCGUCGCAAACGCCAUCAACCGAAAGUGGGUUUGUCGUUGCGGAGCCCCAGUAUCCUUCCAUUCCGACUGCGGUAGUAAUUUCGACCCCCAGCUCUUCCGUGAAGUGUGCAACCCCCUAGACAUCCACAAAACACGCACGACACCAUACCACCAUGAGGGUAAUGGUCCUGUCGAACGCACCAACCGAAUCAUUCAUAAUCUCCUCCUAGCAUUUACCAAAGACAGCCAUGAACAUGACUGGGACGUCUUACUUCCAUUCUGCCUUCUGGCCUCCAGGGGCUCAGUGCACUCCUACACUGGAUUCACACCCCACUGCCUCUGGACAGGUCGCGAGCUACGCCUCCCAGCAGAUCCCCAGUACCCUCUACAUACAGUACCUGUGA